UCGCUCAUGGAUCUACCAGAAGAACUGCUAUCGCAAGUCAUUAUCAAUUUUAAUGGUAUUCGAGCCUUCGAGACUCAAGCUCAGGCCUUCAAAUGCAAACCCUGCGAGCGAUCAAGGCAAUGCGAGAAUCAUCAACGACAAAAAACCUUGCAUGCGCUUUCGCUUACUUCAAGGGCGCUGAAAAGAAUCUCAGAGCCCGUCCUAUACUCCUCUUUCCCAGGGAUAACCACCUGGAAUGGGCUGCAGCGACUUCGUCAAUUCAGUGCGGCAAUCGCCAGCCGACCACACUUUGCAGGCUACCUCCAAUAUGUCGAGAAUCGGUUUAGUGACUAUAUUGGGAACAGCCUUUAUGAUGACCUAGAAUUCUAUGGCGCUGAGGAGAUGGUGAAAGAGUAUUUCUUCAAACUUGGACGACUUAUUGAGUCCUCCCCAAAUAUCAAGCACAUCUCCGUCGUUAGCAUGGAAGCUUCUGACAUCUCACUCUGGAAACCUCUACUCUGGAAAAAUAAUGGAGCUCCUCAGAUUACAGCACAUGGACUCCUUAAGCUUGAAACUUUGUGUCUUCAGCUGAACACGAACGACUAUGGCAUGGGCGAAGAAUCUAGUCGAUUUCGGCAUAUUACGAAUGCGUUGGCCUCUCUUCCAUCCUUGAAGCAGUUCUCAGCGAGUGGAGUGGUUACACCCGACGACGUUACCCCGUUAGUGGGUAAAUGUGAAAGCCUCAACACCAUCAACGUGUCAGAGUGUAUUUUGGACCUCGAGGAGAUAAUUAGUCUCGUAUCUGUCUGCGACAACUUGAAGCAUCUCACCGUUCACUGGGCAUACCUCAAUAGCCAGAGGUUUCAGUUGUCUGACCUCUACGCCGCUCUCCGGAAACACAAGGACUCCUUGGAGCAUCUUCAACUAGACACGCGUAACGUUCGUUUUCGCGACUCCGAUUUCCCUCUUAUGCCCUUGGGAAAUUUGCGAGAUUUUAAGACUCUACGUUCUUUGGUGCUGUGCGAAACGAGCCUUCUUGCGCCAUCGCGACCUCUCCUCGAGUUUCCCGACGUAUUCUUCCCAAUGCGGAUGUCGGAAGUGCUUCCACCGUCACUUGAAUCUCUAGCCAUCCUU